GCCAGUGAGCAAACGAGCGCGUGCAGGCAAAGUAGGUAUAGAGUACGCUGGAGGCGAUUUUCUUCUUUUUUCUUUCUCUUUUUUUACUCAGCAGUCUCAGCAGUCAGCACACACAUCCAUGAGAAAACUGUGCGUCUGACGUGCACGCACACUACUUAUUUACAUACUUCUACUUGAUGUAGGCUUUACCGUCCAAUUGCAAAAUUCCUCUUUAUGUUAUCGCUACUCUCACCUGUGUAGUGAAACAGUGCAGCUUCUAUCUACAAAGUGCAGUGAUUUGGUUUUUAUUAUUUCACAUUCACUUAAUACAGAUAUCUCAAUAUCUUUCAAAGAUAAGCAUUGACAGUUCACGAUUUUCUUUUUUAUUUAUCAAGAUUUUUCACUGAGGUGUGCAGUUAUUCACGUAACCGUGCUAUUAAUUUUUUCAAAUAUCUAUGUGUGCGUAUUUACAGUCUUCUUUUAAGAGAGUUCUCUCAUUUUCUUCUGUCAUCCCGCAUAACCUACUUAUCAAGUACUUUAUAGUUACAAGCUAAAUAUGGUAUUAUUUUUCCUGACAAGUUUAAUUUGAAAGAAAAAACUGGCAAGAUUGAUUAAAAUUAAAUAUAUUUAAAGUUAUAUUUAAAUAUUUUUACUCUUGUCGAAAAUGAAUGUUCGAGCAAACGCCAUUUACAAAUUUGAUAAAAUCUAUUCUCCGCGCCCAUCAAUAUAAUAUUAAACUGCCAUAAUUAUAAUAUCCGUAACUAUUACGUUAUUUAUUGCUAAUCAAGCAGCUGCCACCCAAGAGGUUAUGUUCUGUGAUCUGUAGUUAUAACUCAAUAAAAAAAAUUGAUUAUUUUCGACAAGAAAAUAAUUCAAGAUAAUUGCUCAAUAUGCUGAUAAUUUGAGGGAACAGAACUGGUAAUAUUAAAAGUGCAUUAAAGACUGUUGGUGCCUUAUAAAUGAUAUGGAUGACAUUCAUUGACUAAUUUAUUGCAUAACUUCCAAUUUGUUUGAGAAUUGAAAAAUGGAUAAGAGUAAUACUUCCAAUUUUAGUGGACUUACUACAAAUCCACAAGAGUGUUGGGAAGUUUAUCAAAAAGUUUUAGAAGAAACUAAAACUUUGGAAGAUUAUCUUGAUGAGGAAUGUAGUCCUCGAAGUUUUGAUGAAGGAGAAGAAGAAGCUGAGUGGUUGAGAGCUGCUGGUUUAGCUGAACUGACUGAGCCAUGGAAAGAGGGCAGAGAAAUUCAACCAGAGGAAUUAGGUGCAGCAUUACGUCCAUUGUCACGUGCACAGGCUGAAGCAGUCAAACGACGAGUACGUUCACUCAAUCACACUGUUAAGCAACGAUAUAAUCAAAGACAGCGAGUUCGCAAACCAGACAUCAGAGAUGUUUUCAAAGAUUCUGAGGUUUCAAGUACUGGUACCAGAUCACGUAGUGCCACACCUGAUUCACUCGAUUCCGCUUCUGGAGAAACACUAGAAAGUGCUUUACCUCCAUCACCACCUACUGUUUCUGUAAUAACAUCCCAUCAUGGAAGUUCUCAUGUUCCAAGUUUUGUAUCUAUGUUUCACCGCAAUCCGCAAGAUACAAAGGAUGGGAUGCGCAGAUUACCAAGUGGUAAUUCAAACGCAUCUAAUACCACUAGUAACAACACUAGUUGUAAUUUAUUGCCAGUUCAAGAAAUAUUCCGACGUUCUGGGCACUGGUCUUACAGAGGAGAUGUAGCUGGAGGAGAUUCCGAAGGAAUAAGACUAACAGCUUAUCAAAGACUAGGAACAAUUCAUUUUUCUCGCCCAACAAUUCAAAGAUUAAGUGGUAGUGAUCCAAGUGAAGUAGCUAAUGCAGAUGUAGAGUCUGCUGAGAAGGUUAGCUCUUCUAAAGAUUCAAGUUUAAGAAGGAGUUCUGGUAGUCAUGCAACAGUCACUAGGAGCCAUAGUAGUUUGUAUGGUGCAUCAAAGGCAAGAGAAGAAAAUGUUAUAACUCGACCUUUGAACAGAACGUCAUCUCAUGGUCAUUUAAGUUUUGAAGAGAUGUGCAGAGCAAAUGAAGCAAAAAAUCAGGAUUGGGAUUCCAAUGAUCUUGCCCUUGAUGAUGGGUAUACACAACAAGGAAUUGAAUUAUUGUCUCAAAGAGAUCUCACCAGAUUACAACCUUUACUAUGGCUUGAACUAACAGCUGUCUUCGACAAAUAUAACCUACCUCUAAUUAGAAAAAAACCAAAUAAACGCAGAAGAAAAUCCGGUAAUUUGUUUGGAGUCUCACUAUCAACUUUACUUUUAAGAGAUAAUCAAUUGACGAGUGAAGAAAGCAAUAUACCACUUGUGUUUCAAAAACUUCUUCAUGAAUUAACUACUAGAGGUGUUAAGGAAGAAGGAAUUCUCCGAGUUGGAGGACAUAAGCAAAAAGAUAAAAAUUUAUCUCAAUUAUUUGAUACCGGCUUUGAGAUGUACAAUAAUCUAAAUAAAACAGACGAGCCUACAAAUAGUUUUAAAGUUCAGGCAACAAUUAAACAAACUAUGAAUAUUUUUGAAACUGCAACGAAAUUAGUAUCUCUAGUUGAUAUGUUCAGCAGCAAUGAAAGCUUUAAUGAAAUAUCAACUGAAAAUAUUAAAUUUUUUUUACUACCAGCUUUACUAGGAACUCUUACAACAAAAAUAUGCAAUGUAGAUGAUCGAUUACAUUUAGUGAAUGUAGCAGAAGUGUAUUUUGUUGAUUUUUUGAAAAGAUUGAAGUCAUACGGGUUGAUAGAUAUAGAAAUUCCAGAAGUAGAUCAUGAAGAGAAAAAGGAAGAAACUACAAUAAGUCGUAAAAAAUCUAAUGCUGAAUUAAUAACUGAAAUGGUAACUGCAAGGAAUACAAAAAUACAACGCUACCAAGAACAGAAAGAACUUGAGAAAAAACUUGAUAUUUUACACAAAAACUUAAAUAAUCCCAAUAUUGAUGAUGAAGCGAAAAGAGAGUAUUUUGUAACUCUGAUUAAGAUAUUUGCUAACCAAGCUAUUGAUGAAUUAGCCUCAAUAGCUAAUGAAAAGCCAAUUUUGGAGCAUAUGAAAUCAAUUGGACAAAAUCCAGAAAUGUAUAAAAAAGAAAAUUCUAGAAAAAUACCAUCAGCAAAACUUCAGCCCAUUAUAAUCACAAGAGAUACUGUACAAAAACAAGUUUAUGGAGCUGGUUAUCCAAGUUUACCUGUAAUGACAGUUGAAGAAUUUUAUGAUAAAAAAGUUCGAGAUGGAGAGUGGCCGGAGCAAGCGCAAAGGAAUCAGAUUGGUUCAAAUAGUCUUCAAGAUGUGGCUAGUGGAAAAAUUGAUCAAAGUUUACAACAAGAUGCAGAAGAUGAAGAAAAAGAAGAUUUGAUAGAAAAAGAUGAUCCUGAAACAUUAGCUAGAUCUAGGGCAAUGGAUGAAUACAAAGACGAUCACCGACGCGGUUGGGGUAAUCGUGCUAAUAGAAGUUAAACUCUAUUCACGAUAUGUUUAUUAAUCAGCGUGUAAUCCCGAAAAUCCUAUAAAUUAAUUUUUUUUUAUUUUAUAUCAAAUAUAACAUUUUCACGUGCUUUUAAUGAUAAUUUUUAAAAUAGAGACGUAGUAAGAAUAAAAGUUUCAAUCAUCUAGACAACAGCUAUAAAAUCACAGAAAGAUAUAGAAAAUACAGUGUUAAUUUUAGAAUGAAAUUACUGUUUGUUCUGGACAACAAACAUUUUUUUAGCCUGCAUUUUUUGCAUUUUUUAUAUCUUUCUAUGAUUUUACAGCUGUUGUUAAGACAAUCAACACUAUUAUUCUAACAUUCUAGAUCUUGGUCAUUAUUAAACUUAUAUUGUUAUCGAUUUAAAAUGAAAAAAAUAAUUGUUUUUAAUACAUUUACUUUCAAUAAAAUAUUAUGUUCUAUGUAUA